UGCUGCUGCGGCUGAAGACACAGACCGCACCAUGAAGCUGCCUCUCCUGCCCUGGGCCCUGCUGCUGCUGGCGACAGCCCCCGGCCCAGGCUCGGGGCCUACAGCAGGUGCCCAGGAGAGCUGCUCCUACCGCUGUGGGGACUGGAACGAGCAGUGCUCCUGCCGCCCGACCUGCUCUGGCCUGGGCACCUGCUGCUCGGACUUUCGGGACUUCUGCCUGGAGAUCUCGCCCUACUCGGACUCCAUGAUGGGCGGCAAGGACUUCGUGGUGCAGCAUCUCAAUUGGUUCAACUCCACGGACGGCGUGAUCUGCAGGUUUAAUGAGAGCAUCCAGACCCGCGGCCAUGUGGACUCCUUGGGACUUGUGCACUGUGUGUCACCUUUGCUCUAUGAAACUGGCCGCAUUCCCUUCACACUGUCCAUGGACAAUGGCCGCUCCUUCCCGCGCUCGGGCACCUGGCUGGCUGUGCACCCCAACAAAGUGUCGCAGACAACAAAGAUCCAGCUGGAGAACGAGACCCGCUGGCAAUACUAUGGCACCGCAGGCACCAAGGGUAACCUCACCUUGACCUGGCAAGCCACAGUUCUGCCCACGCACUUCGUCACCAUUGAGCUGUGGGGUUACGAGGAGACAGGGAAGCCAUACUCAGGGGAGUGGACAGCAAAGUGGUCAUACCUGUACCCCCUGGCCACAAAUGUCUCCAACUCCGGCUUCUUCACCUUCACCCCGAAACCUGCACCUCAAAACUACCAGAGAUGGGAAGUGGGUGCUAUUCGGAUCAUCAACAGCCAAUACUCCUCUGGGGAGAAGGACGUGCAGGCACUCUGGAGCAAUGAGCAUGCACUGGCCUGGCACCUGGGCGAUGACUUCCGGGAGGACCCCGUGGCCUGGGCCCGUACUCAGUGCCUGGCCUGGGAGGAGCUGGAGGACCAGCUGCCCAACUUCCUGGAGGAACUGCCCGACUGCCCGUGCACCCUGGCCCAGGCCCGGGCAGACACCGGCCGUUUCCACACGGACUACGGCUGUGACAUUGAGCAUGGCAGCGAGUGCACCUAUCACCCAGGGGCUGUGCACUGCGUGCGCUCCGUGCAAGCCAGCCCCCGGUAUGCCUCGGGCCAGCAGUGCUGCUACACGGCAGCGGGCACGCAGCUCCUGACGGCCGACUCGACAGGCGGCAGCACCCCGGACCGCGGCCACGACUGGGGCGCACCCCCGUUCCGCGCACCGCCCCGGGUGCCCGGCCUUUCCCACUGGCUCUACGAUGUUAUCAGCUUCUACCACUGCUGCCUCUGGGCGCCCGAGUGCUCCCGCUACAUGCGGCGCCGGCCCUCCAGCGAUUGCCGGACCUACCGGCCCCCACGCCUGGCCUCUGCUUUCGGGGACCCACAUUUUGUCACCUUUGAUGGCGCCAACUUCACGUUCAAUGGGCACGGUGAAUACGUGCUGCUGGAGGCAGCCCUGACUGGCCUGAGCGUGCAGGCACGGGCCCAGCCAGGGACGACACCUGAGGGCACACAGGCCCGAGGCACAGGGCUGACUGCCGUGGCUGUCCAGGAGGGCAACUCGGACGUGGUGGAGGUCCGGCUGGCCGACGGGGUGGGGGUCCUGCAGGUGCUGCUGAACCAGGAGGUGCUCAGCUUUGCCGAACAGAGCUGGAUGGACCUGCAGGGCAUGUUCCUGUCGGUGGCUGCUGAGGACAGCGUAUCAAUCAUGCUGUCAUCGGGGGCUGGCCUGGAGGUCAGCAUCCAGGGUCCUUUCUUGAGCGUGACGGUCCUGCUGCCCGAGAAGUUCCUUAACCACACACGAGGCCUCCUUGGGACACUCAAUGACAACCCCACAGAUGACUUCACCCUACGCAGCGGGCAGGUUCUGUCCGCAGGCGCCAGUUCCCGACAGCUAUUCCAAUUUGGGGCUGACUGGGCUGUGGAGAACGCCUCCUCCCUGCUCACCUAUGACUCCCUGCUCCUGGUCAAAGACUUCCUGUACGGCCCCAAGCAUGACCCUACCUUCCAGCCCCUCUUCCCCGACGAGACCACCCCCAACUCCAGCCAGGCGACUGAGGUGGCCGAAUUGUGUGGGGACAACCAUUUCUGCAGCUACGACGUGGCGGCCACUGGGAGCCUAAGCGUGGGCAAUGCCACGCGGACGGCCUACCAGCUGCACCAAAGUCGUGUGCAGAGCCUGCAGUCUGUGGUGUCCUGCGGCUGGUUGGCCCCGCCCCUCAAUGGGGGCAAGGAGGGCAUCAGGUACCUGGUGGGCUCCACCAUCCACUUCCACUGUGACAGCGGCUACAGCCUGUCCGGGGCAGAGGCCAGCACCUGUCAAGCUGAUGGCACCUGGUCCACGACCACCCCGACAUGCCAGCCAAGACACAGCUACACGGUGCUGCUGAGCAUCAUCUUUGGAGGCCUGGCAGUGGCAGCUCUGGUCGCCGUGGUCUACGUGGUGCUGUGCCGCAGGAAGGGCAACAUGGCCAUCUGGGGUUCACAGCCCUGAUGGGAGCGCGCUUGGCUGGCAACAUGAGGCACACAGGCCACCCCGGGGCCACAGACCAACCUCCCAAGAGAAAGCCUUGAACUCCCAAGAACAUACACCCCAGUACUUCGAUCCCAAAUCCCUAGCACCAUACACCUGGGACCUGGACACCUGACCCCUGAGCCUUCAAUGCCCAUGGACCCGAGGCCAGUGCCCUGCUCUGUCACCUCGGACCUGGACCCUGAGCUCUAACUGUGCAGUUCUCCAGGUUGGCACCUGGUGCUCUGUUCCCCGAAUACUCGCAGCUCUAAUUCCCCAGGCCCAAGACUCCAUACCCUUGAAUUCUAACGCCAGUCUCCUGAGCCCUAGUACUCCAGCACCUGAAACUCAAACGCCAAUGCCUCAGAUCCCAUGUCCAAUGCCCAUGACCCUGAUCCCUAAUAUACUGAGACCUGGUGCCCCAACAGAGGAGCCCUAGCACCCAGCUGCCUUGAUUCCUGGGCCCAGCCUGAGACUGAAGGUGGGCCCAGCCAAGGGUGUGGAGACGCCUCAGGACCCCAAGGCAGAGAGUCAUCCUAGGAGCUCCAGGCUUGCAAUUCUAACACUUCUGGAACAUGGUUUGAAACACCCCUCCCUGCCUAUACAAGGGGAAAACAAGCCUGUGGUGCCCCCUCCCUGGUGUCCUGGUGCUCAUGCUGCGCCUCAGUUCUGGAGAGUUCCAUGGUUGCCCUCUGGGGUCCACAGCACCCAGAGCAACUGAGUCUGAGUCCGUCAUCCACUGCCAGGUCACCUGGGACAGGUCCCUCCUCAGUCUCUGUCUCUCCAAGUGGGAUCAAAAGUGGGCUUGAGGGCCGGCCCCGUGGCUUAGCGGUUAAGUGCGCGCGCUCCGCUACUGGAAGCCCGGGUUCUGAUCUUGGGUGCGCACUGACGCACCGCUUCUCCGGCCAUGCUGAGGCCACGUCCCACAUACAGCAACUAGAAGGAUGUGCAGCUAUGACAUACAACUAUCUACUGGGGCUUUGGGGGGAAAAAUAAAUAAAGUUAAAAAAAAAAUAGUGGGAUUGAGAACAGUGACCACUUCGUGGGUGAGGACAAGGGACAACGUUUGCAAAGCGUUCACCAUGGGGUGCCACGCUGGGUGCCCAGGAGAUGGGAUGGGGCCAGCACAGGUGCCUGCCCAGCACCACCCUGAAGGCAGUUACUGGUGGUGCCAUGCCCCAGUUCUGACUGGGGCCCAUGUUCCGGGUCCCUAGGCCUUUCACUCAGCAGUGUCCAGAAGCUAGGUACAAAGCACUGGCCUCACGCUCUCACUGCCCCCCUUUGUGGCAAGGGUGCUGAAUGGGGAGCCAUAGGAGGGCCUAGGCAGCAUAGGAUGGGGUCAGAUUUGCAUCGUAGGUCUCAGACGGAGAAAGUGCAGGAGGGUGGGGUUGAAGGUUGGUGGCCCUUGGCCCAGGUGGGCAGC